AUGAAAAAAAAGACUAGCUGGCCACUUGCCAGAUUGUUGGGGAUCCAGUUGACGAGCAAGAGUGACUUUUUGGGGAAAAUUUUAGAUUUUCGGCGAGACGAGAGUCGGAAAGUCUCGGGUGGCGGUGGAUGGCGAGGGCCGAGUGUGGCGGACGGCGUGCGACUAAGAAUUGGGAAAUCAAACCUGCAAAAGGAAAAUGAGAAGGAGAACUACAGACAGCCAUUAUCUAAUAGAACCAACAACGAUGGAAUCAAAAUCGAAAGCACAGCGAUUUCUAUCAGGUUAAGUGCGGCGGACGGCAGACGGCGGGUAGGGCUUGGAGGAUUUCAGUUUUGGGCUCUUCGAACGACAGCGGCGGUCAGCUACACGUUGAACGGAGGUCUUGGACUUGACUUGCAGGCGGCGGAUGUCAUUGGAAACCAGCGGUUGGUGGCAGAUCAGAUCUGGAGUACACCGUUGGGACAUGACACACUGUCCUCAUCUGGGGGUCAGCGACUCAAUUGUGAUGGCGUUGUAGCAAACGAGCCUCGAAUGUAUCGCUAUACGACAUAA